UUUAUAAAACGAAACCAUUAUAUUUUAUGUUUUAAUGAUAUUAUAAUAAUUGUAGAUUUCCUUUUGUCAUAUCAAUAUAAAUACUGCGUCCGAGCCGAUGAAAAUAUAGUAUUUUGUGGCCGCCGGUAUCCGAUUUACUACAUUUUGCAACCAAAGAACAUGAACAAUCUCCUAAUAGCGAUUUUGGCUUUGACGCUUCCAUUUUCGAUAUGGUGCUAUGACGAGAAAUAUGACAAGAUCGAUGUAGACAAGAUAUUGAGUGAUGACAAGCUGUUCACGGACUACAUUAAUUGUAUGUUAGAUAAAGGACCCUGUGAAGUCGAGUAUUCUUCGGAAUUCAAAGAACUGCUGCCCGAAGUGAUAGCAACAUCGUGUGCCAAAUGUACACCAAUACAGAAAACAGGUUUAAGGAAAACCGUCAAAGCGCUGAGCGUCAAGAGACCCGAUGAUUUUAGUCAAUUCAGAGCUAAGUAUGACCCUAAAGGGGAAUAUGAAAAGCAAUUCGCCGCUUUUGUUGUGGCAACAGAUUAAAUUGAAACCAAUAGUAGAAUUUCGGAACAACAGACUGGCAAACGAAAACGGAUUUUCGACUAGCACUAUGGGGAGCAUUACAGAUUAAUAAACAUUUUCUUUGUCGUAAUGAUUA